UGUGAGGCAUCUGGAAACAGCAGCUGCAGGAGCAAGCACAGGAUUUAAACACUGCUUUGGCUCCUAGGAAUGCUGCCGGCUGCCCUGCACCUCCCUGCGUGAGCCAGCAGAGGAUGGAAGUGACCGGCAUCAGCUGGGCAAAGGACGCUUCGCCAGAUGCUGGGAUGUCAUCCCCCUGAAGAUGGGAGUUACAAAUGGGCUUGUGAACUGCACGUGCGGCACAGGCACCUGCGCUGCCAGACCCCUUGCGCAGUAGUCCAGGGCCACUGCAGGACAGGCAGACGUUGGCCACAGCAGCUUAUCCUGUUAACUCCUCUGUGAAACCAUACGUGGAAAAGCUUCCCUUCGCUUCCUGUGAAUGACGGUUGCGAGUGCCCGUGCCCUGCACACCACUGCGGAGCUCCCUGCCCGCUGAUGGGGUGGGCAGCAGGCUGUGCGUGACCCUGCUCCCCAGUGAGACCGGCGGCAGCCAGGCACAGAGCCGUGCAGCUCUGUCCCCAGGGACAAAUGCCAGCUGCCAGAUUCUUCUCUGGAGACCUAGGAGCAGCCUGCGAGGCACCAGCACUGACUGCUCCCACGCUAGCAGCGGGUGGUCCAGGACGCCUGUUGUCACAGAUGUGACUCCAGCCUGCUGGGACAGGAGUGCUCCAGCUGCAGGACAUGGCAUGCGGCAGGGAUGGGGAUGCUCUGCAUUGACCGGUGAGCCCCACGCUGCUAGUGUGGACUUUCCUCCUUGUCUUCCCUAAAGGAUGCUAGUUGCCUGUCCGAAAGCUACUGCUCAUGCGGCGUCCUAGAGUACAAUGGCGAAGGGUCUGCAGGGCUUCUCGUGGACAAUGCUGCUGCUGUUCUGCGCCAUCCAGGAGCUGGGGGCCUGGGCCAUGCACACUGCGGUGGAGGGCCCUGGGCUAGGGCAGCCGGGGGACCCUGCGCUGCUGGCCGGCGGGCGAGUGAAGCGUGGCUGGGUCUGGAAUCAAUUCUUUGUGGUGGAGGAGUACACGGGCACGGAGCCACUGUAUGUGGGGAAGAUCCACUCGGACUCGGAUGAGGGGGACGGCUCCAUCAAGUACACUAUCUCCGGGGAGGGCGCAGGGACUAUCUUCCUCAUCGAUGAGAUCACAGGUGACAUCCAUGCUACCGAGCGCCUGGACCGGGAGCAGAAAACCUUCUACACUCUGCGGGCUCAGGCCCGCGACCGGCAGACGGACCAGCUGCUGGAGCCUGAGUCAGAGUUCAUCAUCAAGGUGCAGGACAUCAACGACAGCGAGCCACGCUUCCUGGAGGGGCCCUACAUCGGCAGUGUGGCUGAGCUGUCCCCCAUCGGCACCUCUGUGAUGCAGGUGAUGGCAUCUGAUGCUGAUGACCCCACAUACGGGAGCAGUGCCCGGGUAGUCUACAGUGUGCUGGAGGGCGAGCAGCACUUUACUGUGGACAGUAAAACAGGUGUGAUCCGGACAGCCGUGGCUGACCUGGACCGUGAGACGCAGGACCGGUAUGAGGUGGUGAUCCGCGCAACGGACAUGGCAGGACAGCUGGGUGGCCUGUCUGGAUCCACCACAGUCACCAUCGUAGUCACCGAUGUCAAUGACAACCCACCACGCUUCCCUCAGAAGAUGUAUCAGUUCAGCAUUGUUGAAACUGCCCCUGUGGGCACUGCCAUCGGGAGGGUGAAGGCAGAGGACUCCGACGUCGGGGAGAACACGGACAUGAUGUAUCAGGUGAAGGAUGAGGAAGGGGUGGAGAUGUUCAAAGUCACCACGGACAGCAAUACCCAAGAGGCUGUCAUCACAGUACAGAAGCCUCUUGACUACGAGUCGAAAAAAGUGCACACUGUCGUGGUGGAGGCCCUCAACAAGUUCGUGGACCCGCGGUUUGUGGACCUGGGCACCUUCCGGGACCAGACCAUCGUGCGGGUCUCAGUGCUGGAUGUCGACGAGCCCCCCGAGUUCCGGCCCCCCUCCAACCUGAUGGAGGUCCAGGAGGAUGCACACGUUGGCUCUGUCGUGGGGGUGGUCACCGCCCUUGACCCGGACACAGCGAACCAUCCUGUCCGGUACGCCAUCGACCGCAGCACAGAUGCAGAGAGGAUCUUUGACAUCGAUGCCAACACAGGUGCCAUUGUGACAGGAAAGGUCCUGGACCGGGAGGCGGCAGGGUGGCACAACAUCACUGUCCUGGCGAUGGAAGCAGAUAAUCACUCACAGGUGUCAAGAGCCUCUCUCCGUAUCCGUAUCCUGGACGUGAAUGACAAUCCGCCCGAGCUCGCCACCCCCUAUGAAGCUGCUGUGUGUGAGGAUGCCAAGCCAGGCCAGCUGAUCCAGACAAUAAGUGUUGUGGACCGUGAUGAGCCUCAGAGCGGCCAUCGUUUCUACUUCACGCUGGCACCUGAAGCCACCAACAACCACCAUUUUUCUCUGCUGGAUAUUAAGGACAACACGGCUGCGGUGCACACACAGAGAAUGGGCUUCAAUCGCCAGGAGCAGGAUGUGUACUUGCUCCCCAUUUUGGUGGUGGACAGCGGCCCCCCGGCCCUCAGCAGCACGGGGACUCUGACCAUCCGCGUCUGCGGCUGUGACAGCAACGGGGCCAUCCAGUCCUGCAACAGCACAGCCUACGUCGUGUCAGCUACGCUGAGCCCCGGCGCCCUCAUCGCGCUGCUGGUGUGCGUCCUCAUUCUGGUUGCGCGAGACCUGACAGCGGAGAGGGGCAGGACACGUCUUUGCCACGGCGCCUGCCCUCGGCUGCUCCUGCCCCCGGCUGCUGCCGCCUGCUGCCGCCACGUCCGCCCACACGGGAGCCGCAGCUUGGCUUUCACGCUGGGACCAGGAGCUGCUCGCUUCUCAGGGUCUCUCUGGUCCCCUCCGAAGGAGGCAGCAGGCACCCACUGCUGGCACCCGCGCCCUGGCGUGCUGCUGAUUCACUGUGAUGAUGCUGGGGAGGCAGCGGGGCCAACGGGCUGCUUCACACUGGCCCUCGAGUGCCGGCCCUGGCCAUGCCGCCUCAGGCAGGUGAUGCCCGGCAUCCCGGAGCAGGAGAAUGGAGAAAGCCCUCUCUUUCCUCAGGAACGUGUUCGCGUUUUCCCUCCGGGCUGAAGAGCUGUGCCCGAGCCCCUCCGGACCUGGCCCUUCCUCUAGCAAAAGUGUUGUGCAAUAGCAGGGCUCUGUCCGCAGGAGAUGGGGUCUGACAGGGUACGUGUUUAGCAACCCUCCCACGGGGUUCCCCAUCCCCGACCAGCCAGUCCUCCCCAGCACGCAUGCACGCACGCUUGCGUUUUAAUUUCUAUCCUACAUGUAAAUAUGGAGGAGCGCAGUGCCGAGCGAGCUGGCCAUGCCGUGCGGCGCUGCCCCGCACUCCCUGCCCACCCGCACCCGGCAGGAGGAGCUGGCAGCUGUCACAAUGUCUGACGGAGUCACUUUGGUUUUCUUUCUCUAUUCAAAUGAAAUUAGGAGGUUGAUUUCCUCACCCUUGUUAUUUUUUCAAGGUCUAUCUAGGACCUGGAAAUAAAUUCUUUCCUUGUCGUCUA